CUUGCUGCGGGAUGCGUUAAGAGAGGAGGACCCUUACUCACUAGGCAUGGAGGGCAGCUUGUCCGCGUCCAGCAUGCAGGAACCCGCCUCCUCACCCCCGGAGAAACAGCAAAGCUCAGCGAGCGGUCAUGGAGGUCUCGAUUCAGAAGAAGGUUCGGGCCUGGAGGAAAUCGGCUUUAACUGGGGGGAGUACCUGGAAGAAACAGGCGCCAGUGCAGCCCCUCACACGUCCUUCAAGCAUGUUGAAAUCAGUCUUCAGAGCAACUUCCAGCCAGGGAUGAAGUUGGAGGUGGCCAACAAGAACAACCCCGACACGUACUGGGUGGCCACGGUCAUCACCACGUGUGGGCAGCUGCUGCUUCUGCGUUACUGUGGCUACGGCGAGGACCGCCGGGCCGACUUCUGGUGUGACGUGGUGAUCGCGGAUCUCCACCCCGUGGGGUGGUGCACACAAAACAACAAGGCCUUGAUGCCCCCGGACGCAAUCAAAGAGAAGUACACAGACUGGACGGAAUUCCUCAUUCGUGACUUGACUGGUUCCCGGACGGCGCCGGCCAACCUCCUGGAAGGUCCUCUGCGAGGGAAAGGCCCUAUAGACCUCAUUACAGUUGAUUCCUUAAUAGAACUUCAGGAUUCUCAGAGCCCUUUUCAGUACUGGAUAGUUAGUGUGAUUGAAAAUGUUGGAGGAAGAUUACGCCUUCGCUAUGUGGGAUUGGAGGACACUGAAUCCUAUGACCAGUGGUUGUUUUACUUGGAUUACAGACUUCGACCAGUUGGUUGGUGUCAAGAGAAUAAAUACAGAAUGGACCCACCUUCAGAAAUCUAUCCUUUGAAGAUGGCAUCUGAGUGGAAAUGUGCUCUGGAAAAAUCUCUCGCUGAUGCCGCCCAGUUUCCUCUUCCGAUGGAAGUAUUUAAGGAUCAUGCCGAUCUGCGAAGCCAUUUCUUCACAGUCGGGAUGAAGCUGGAAACAGUGAAUUUGAGCGAGCCCUUUCAUAUCUGUCCUGCAUCAGUGACCAAGGUUUUUAACAAUCAUUUUUUUCAAGUGACUAUUGACGACCUAAGGGCAGAACCUAGUAAUCUCUCGAUGCUGUGCCAUGCGGAUUCUUUGGGGAUUUUACCAGUACAAUGGUGCCUUAAAAAUGGAGUCAAUCUCUCGCCUCCCAAAGGUUACUCCGGCCAGGACUUCGACUGGGCCGAUUAUCACAAGCAGCACGGGACAGAAGAAGCCCCUCCCUUCUGCUUCAGAAAUACCACGUUUAGUCGGGGUUUCACGAAGAACAUGAAGCUCGAAGCCGUCAACCCCAGGAACCCAGGAGAGCUCUGCGUGGCCUCGGUUGUCAGCGUGAAGGGGAGGCUGAUGUGGCUUCACCUGGAAGGUCUGCAGACUCCUUCCCCUGAGUUCAUUGUUGACGUGGAGUCCAUGGACAUCUUCCCCGUGGGCUGGUGCGAAGCGAACUCGUACCCUCUGACCACACCGCACAAAACCAUCUCACAAAAGAAGAGAAAGAUUGCAGUCGUGCAACCAGAAAAACAAUUGCCAUCCACAGUGCCUGUUGAGAAAAUACCUCAUGACCUUUGUUUAUUCCCUCACCUGGACACCGCAGGUCCUGUCAACGGGAAGUACUGCUGUCCGCAGCUCUUCAUCAACCACAGGUGUUUCUCGGGCCCUUACCUGAACAAGGGCCGGAUCGCCGAGCUACCUCAGUCGGUGGGACCGGGCAAGUGCGUGCUGGUGCUGAAGGAGGUUCUUAGCAUGAUCAUCAAUGCGGCUUACAAGCCUGGAAGGGUGUUGAGAGAAUUACAGCUGGUGGAAGAUCCUCACUGGAAUUUUCAGGAGGAGACGCUGAAGGCAAAGUACAGAGGCAAAACGUACCGCGCCGUGGCCAAGAUUGUGCGGACGUCUGACCAGGUAGCAGAUUUCUGCCGGCGGGUUUGUGCCAAGCUGGAAUGCUGCCCAAAUCUGUUUAGCCCCGUGCUGGUUUCGGAGAACUGCCCGGAGAACUGCUCCAUUCACACCAAAACCAAGUACACCUAUUACUACGGAAAGAGAAAGAAGAUUGUGAAGCCCCCGAUAGGGGAAGCCAGCACUGAGAGCGGACACCCGAAGCCCGCCAGACGCAGGAAACGGCGAAAAUCCAUCUUUGUGCAGAAGAAGCGGAGGUCUUCCGCCGUGGACUUGGCCGCGGGCUCGGGGGAGGAGAGCGAGGAAGAGGAUGGGGAUGCCGUGGACGAGGACACUGGCAGUGAGGAGACCAGCUCUGAGCUCCGCGAUGACCAGACAGAUACCUCUUCAGCCGAGGUCCCCUCCGCGCGACCCCGGAGGGCCGUCACCCUGAGGAGCAGCUCAGAGCCCGAGCGCCGGCCACCCGUGGAAAGGCCUCGAAGGGGCCGGAGGGCACAGGCUGCCUCCUGUACCGAGGGGGCAGAGCAGGGUGUGACCACCGGCCAGGACCCGGCUGAGGACACAAAGCAGCAGGAGGAGGAGAGACUCGUUCUGGAGAGCAACCCGCUGGAGUGGACCGUGACCGACGUGGUGAGGUUCAUCAAGCUGACGGACUGCGCCCCACUGGCCAAGAUCUUUCAGGAACAGGACAUCGACGGGCAGGCGCUGCUCUUGCUGACGCUGCCCACGGUGCAGGAGUGCAUGGAGCUGAAGCUGGGGCCCGCCAUCAAGCUGUGCCAUCAGAUCGAGCGGGUUAAAGUGGCCUUCUACGCCCAGUACGCCAACUGACGCCGCCCUCUCGGGAGGGGACCGGCGCUGUGGUGGUGCAGCGUCUUGGGAAAGUUUGGGGACCAGCGCUUUAUUUUUUGGGUGACCGGAGCUGGUACACGCACUUAGUAGCGCCAAAAGGCAGCACGGAGGACCUCCUGCCCCUCCAGCCUCUGUGCCGGCACCACGU